GACGUAAAGAGAUGCCGCCAAGAAAGAGACAAAAAGUGUCAAAAUUAUGGCAUGACUUUAAAUUAAGUAUAAAUAUAUGUUUUAAAAAUACAUUUCAGAGUCUGUACUGCAAAACGGAAUUGACAUUUCACAAUAACACGUCCUCGAUGCUGCAACACCUCAGAAACGUCCACUUUCGUGGCUACUAAAAGGUUUGCUAAGAAACGAUGGCCAGUAAACUGGACAUUCCUCUAUAUGAGGCGUCACUCAGCAUUGUGAGAAGAUGUGGAGCCGAUGUGUGUGAAAUCAUCAACAGUAAAUUUGGAUGUGUGGCCACCAUCGAGGGUGUGGAGAAUGAGAGCAGGACUUCAUACCAGCGACCGCCAGCAAUCAUUAAACCAGAGAUAAGAUUAGAGGUCAUGAUGCGUUCAGGUGUAAAGGUUUCUGUGUGGAAAGCUGAUCUCACCAAUUUCCCUGCUGAGGCUGUUGUGAAUGCUGCUAAUGAAGAUUUAAAGCAUUAUGGAGGCCUUGCUCUGGCUCUGUCUACAGCUGGUGGUCCUAAAAUCCAACAAGAGUCUGAUGAUUAUAUCAAAAAGCGUGGUAAAUUACAAACAGGGGAGGCAGUUGCUUUGGGUCCAGGGUCACUACCGUGUAAAACGAUAAUUCAUGCUGUGGGUCCAAAUCUGUCGCCAAGUCCUUCCCAACAAGAAGUACAAAGAGCUACAGCUUUGCUAGAGAGAGCCAUCUUGAAUAUUCUCAAUAAAGUUGAUGAAUACCAGCUGGCAACUGUUGCCAUUCCUGCCAUUAGCUCCGGGUUGUUCCACUACCCACUGCGAGAAUGUGCCGACACCAUAGUGUCAACUAUAAAAGCCUUCUAUGACAAGCUGCCUAAGCAGUACCAUCGUCCCAAAGAAAUCUUCCUUGCUAACCAUGAUGAUCCCACAGUGCAGGAAAUGGAGAGAGCAUGCAAUCAGAUAUUCAGGCUUCAGCAGAAGCAAACUUACAGCAGUGCUGCAGCACAAAAUACCCAAAGAGCCGGGAACGCCCCACAAGCUUCAGUCAAGAUCGGAAAUGUCCUCCUCACUCUGCAGAAGGGGAAAAUUGAAGAACAAAACACAGAUGUCAUUGUAAACACUGCAUCAGAGGAACGAAAACUCAGCCAAGGCCAAAUUUCCAAAGCAAUAUUGGAAAAAGCUGGCUAUGAAAUCCAAAAAGAUAUGUACAAAGCUGUUAAGAAGGGUAAUAUCUACUGCACAAACGGUUAUAACCUGAAGUGCAAACAGGUGUAUCAUGCAAUUUGCACUGGACAGAGCAGGAGUCCUACAGAAUGGACAGCACCUCAACAGUUACUCUACAGUUCGGUGUAUGAGUGUUUAGUAGAAGCCACAAAGAACCAACACAGCUCAAUCUCCUUUCCUGCAAUCGGCACUGGAAACCUGGGAUUCCUUAAAGAAACAUCUGCCUCCAUCAUGUCAAAAGCUGUGGCUGAAUUUGCUGAACGGAGUCAGAGCAAGUUGGAUGUUUAUUUUGUAAUUUUUCCAUUGGAUUAUGAUACAUACCAGGCUUUUGAAGCUGAAAUAAAAGCUCUUCAGGAAAGAGUAUCAAACUUCAUGUUGGCAACAGCUUCUGGGUCAGAAGACUUCCACACCUCAAGAGCUUCAACCCCAAAGAUCACGCUGCUUGGUCCCUCUGAUGAAUCAAAACGCGAGGCUAAGAAGUGGUUCACUGACCUUCUUUAUAGGCAUAAGCCCAUCCAGAUCAGAAACAACUUCAUCUCACACUUCAGUGAGGAAGACCACCAGGCUCUGGCCCAUUUAGCUGAUACAGGGUUGAGCAUUGAGGAGUUUUUCUCAAAGGGUCAUGCAUGUCUAACAGUCAAUGGAAAACCGGAGGAAAACGCCGUCAUUGCCGCCCUGCAGGUGGAGGUCUUGCUCUGCAAAAUCCACAAAGAUUUUAUAGCAGAAGAAGAACAUCAGCUGAAGAUGCUGACGGCCAUGAAAGUGUCUGGAGAGAAGAAAACAGUUGAUGAAAAAAGUCCGGUCUUUUCACAGCGAAUACAGCUUUUCAGACCUGAGGGUCUGUGGAUGGUAAAGGUGGACAGAGUGGAGAAUGAUGCUCUGAAGGAGAUGUUCGAUCGGAAGAAAAAGCAGCUUCAUCGAUCCUCUACUAAAACGAUGUUCCAACGCAUCCCUGCUCAGUUCUGUGAGAUGAUCAGCAGAAUUGGAUUCCAUGCAGAGUGCGCACCGCCUGAAGACCCAACGUAUGGAGAGGGAAUCUACUUCGCACGCAGCAUAAAAGCAGCGUUGGAGCUGUGGAGGGAGAAAGGUGAGGAGUACCUGUACUUUGUGGAGGCCGACGUCCUGCUGGGAAACUCGGCUAAAGGUGAACGAGGAUUUAUUCUUCCUCCUCCGGAUGAAAAAGAUCCCAACACUCUCUGUGACAGCGUGUCUGGAGGAUCUGACGUCUCUGUCAUCUUCAGCGGUUAUCAAGCUUUGCCAAAGUACAUUAUCACCUGCAAGAAUUCACACUCUCACUAAAUAUAAAGAGUUUUACUCUUUUUGGUUUGAAACCAGAAUCUGAUUACAGAAAAAAUUAUCAAAAAGAAUCUCCAGAGAAGUAAACUAGUUUUCUAUAAAUUCACUUUUAGCCUCAGAGAUUCAAAAUAAACCUGUAUGCUGACUCAGAAACUAAAAAAGUUUUGUUAUAUUAGAAACUUUGAUUUUCAUAUUGGCACUACAUUAUAAGCAGAACAAAUAUUACAAUAUUAGUCUUAUUAUGUCUUUGUGUAGAACCGUUAAAACCAUUAGGAAUGAUAAUGAUAAGCAAUAGUAUGUUUGUAAAAAUAUGAAGGUUUCUGUUUUUUCUUAACUUGUUCAAAUAUAUUAAAAUAUCUUUGGUUUAGAAUCCUGCUUUUAUUAUUUUAUGAUUUAUUUAAUCUUUUUUGCAGUUUGGGGAAAAAAAUGACCAAAAGUCUUAUAAUCAUCUGUUUGUUGAGUAAAAGUGUGAAGUUAAAUCAAAAACAUUAUUUGUUUAAAGGCAUCAGUUUAUUUGACUUUACUUUGUAAAUCUAGCAUCAGUCUUUCUAUGCUCUAUAUAAAAAGUUAUCAGUAGAUGCCUGGCAGAAUAUCUAGAUAUAUAUUUCUAAGGGAUCUUUGUCUAAAUUUGUGUGUGAACAUGUAAACAUUGUACUAAUGCUGCUGUAAGUAAAUAAAUAAUAAAGGAAGUUGGAAAUAA